AUGCAUAGUUCGCAGUUCCUUGCAAGGUAUACAAGCACCGAUAGCCCAUUAGAAGCCCAAAUUAUACACACACAGAUCAGUGUAUUAAUAACACAACUAAACCACUCUAGUUUUUCGAUCAUCGAAAAUCGCUUCAAGACUUUGUUGAACAAAUCCCCGUUCAGUGUUUACGUUAACUACUGGAAAAAACACUUGAGGUUAGCCGCUGCUCAUAUCAAAGAACAUUCAGAAUUAAACACAGAAGGCAACGUUCUGCAUCGCCUUUUGGAUAGUCUUUUUGAAGAUCUCAAAACCAAGACGAACGAGACUUUGCAACAAUUAAGAGCCGAAAUUUUUGAAAACCAAGACUUUCUCACGCAGGCCGACCUUCCGAUAGACGACAUCAUCAAAAUCUUUGAAAACAGGAAGGACAACGAUAUUAUAUCUAGAAUACGUCCAGCAACAGCUAUCAAACGUCUGAAGAAAUUACAAAACUCGAAAAUGAAUACCUUACAGACAUUGCAGCAAUUUUUGACCGAUCAAUUGCCCUCAACCUUCGAGUCAAAUCUGAGCAGUCUCCUCUGUUCUUUGGAAGGCGAAAGCCUCAAUGAUAUGGUCGCUCUGAUUUUGGCGGAGGUUUUGUCCCCUGGACAGAAUAUUCAGUCUAAUUCAUCAUCAUGGCUUACUCCCACCGCCAUAGGUGAGGCAGUUGAAAGAGGCGGGCAAAUUUGCACAGCUUUGACGAAACUAGGGCCUUCCACUAUUGAUUGGAAUCGUGUUUUUAAUUUAAUGUCAACAAAAUAUUUCCUGAAUAGGGCUGUUGACAUAACGCUCGCAUCUGUGAAUUCUCUUUUCGCCGCCCUGAAUAAUGGCCCACUGAUUGACCAAUUUCUGAGUAGGGACUGGAGCAUUCAAAUAAAAUUAAUCAUCUGCAUCUUAUUGCACAAGUGGAGCUUACAACAGGGAUGUGUGGAUUUAUUGAAGAUGCCUGGCAUAAAACCCGUCUCUGACACAGUCUCAAACACAAAAGAUUCAUUAGUUUAUUUGCUUUCGGUUGCAAAGCUUGAUAUCGAGAUAUUUCUCCUCAGGGAAGAAUUGUCUUCUAACCCAAUGCUUUCACUAUUUCAAGAAAACUUUUUCGAAGAUUAUCAUGCUGUUCCUGAAUACCUGAGUUUGGCCUUGUUAUCUGACAAAAAGCAUUUUUCUCUCCUUAUAGACAACAGGCCGAUAAUCAAUGAGCUUUUGAUAACUUUACUGGUUCAAGUUUUUGAGAGAUCACCUGCUUCAUUCAGACUAUUGGUUAGGCAAGUUAAGUUUGACGUUCUCGUUGACGCGGGAAGGAUUAUUAUCAAAAAAGAAACGACACCUUUGGAAGCCUUUAUGAAGGUUCUUUUAGAUGAAAAGCUCCUUGAGCGAUUCAUUUUAAGCAUCUCUUUCAAAGAGGCUCUGAGAAUUGCUCCAAGUGCAAGAAAGGUAGGAUGGUCGGGCUUAGAAGAUUUUAUUAAAUCCAAUGCCUCUCCAGAAAAUAUGCCGGCCAUUCUGGAUUUCCUGGAUUUACAGUCGAAGAUGGACGACGUAAAUACCCCAUUUCGCUCUUCGAAGACUUUCGAUUUACCGGCUAUGCAUUUUAUGAUAAGUUUUCUCUCCUCGUACUCCUUAAGCUAUGAAGAAAGAAAACAAUUAGAGGAUAUUGAGUUUGCAUUGCUGAUAACUUUCCCGCGACUUAUCAAUUUUGGUUUUGGCCAUGACAAGACAAUACUAGCAAAUGGUGAUUUGGUGCCCAUCUCAAUGGAUGUCGAAAAAGAGAUGCAAAGUUAUUUGCAAAGAAUGUAUAGCGGGGAGCUUGCCAUCAAAGAUGUGAUCGAAGUUUUGAUAACUUUAAGAGACAGUGAUGAUCCUCAUGAUCAGGAUCUCUUCGCUUGUAUGGCGCAUGCCGUAAUUGCUGAGUCGAAUUUCUUCAGAGACUAUCCUUUAGAGGCGUUAGCCACGACUUCCGUGCUUUUUGGAUCAAUGAUUUUGUUUCAGUUGCUGCGGGGACCUGUGCUUGACGUGGCUUUCAAAAUCAUACUCAAUUUCGCAAAAGAAGGGCCUGAAUCUAAAAUGUUUAAAUUCUCCGUCCAGGCCCUUUACGCUUUUCGUAUGAGGCUCAAAGAGUUCCCUCAGUACUGCAAGCAACUCAUAAGAGAAGUCCCAACGUUGCAAAGCCAGCCACAAAUUUUUCAAACGCUCAGCCAGGCAGCAAGCCAGUCUACGGAGAAUGUCGCCACGAAACCUGAGCAGUUUCAACAAGCUCCAGAGUUAGUUUCGCUCAAAUACUUCACGAUCACGGAAGUUCCUCCAAGAGUGGUUCAAGAAAGCCCACCUCGAGAAGUUACAGAAAAGGUUCUUUUUGGUGUAAACAACAUCACAGAGGAUAAUUUUAACGAGAAAAUCACUGAUCUACAAGCCGUUUUGACGGAAAAUCAUUAUAGUUGGUUUUCUAAUUAUCUCGUGAAUCAGCGUGCAAAAACCGAGCCCAAUUAUCACUCACUGUACGCCAAAAUUUUGCAGCACUUUGACUCCAAGCUGCUCUAUGAUUACAUUUUAAACACCACCUAUAAGCAACUAUUCCUCUUACUGUCGAUUAAAUUUCCUCAAUCAGCAGAAAAGUCACAUUUAAAGAACUUGGGCUUAUGGUUGGGAAAUGUCACACUAGCAUUGGACCGACCAAUCGGCCAUACUAAUAUAUCUUUCCGAGAGGUAUUAUUGGAUGCACACCGCAAUGAUAGAUUAGAGACUGUUGUCCCCUUUGUCACUCGAGUAUUGCAAAGCGCUGCGAAAUCAAAAGUAUUCCGCCCACCAAAUCCUUGGACAGUCGGUAUCUUGAAAGUCCUUCUAGAGUUGUAUUGUAAAGCUAAUUGGAAGCUUGCGCUUACUUUCGAAGUUGAGGUGUUGUUUAAAGCUAUGAACAUUAAACUUGAAGAGUUGGAACCUUCGUCGUUUCUCAGCCUGACUGACGCGCCAGAGAUAUUAUCGGGAAACUUGGGUACCCUAAGUGCGGAGCAGCAGCAAACCGAGCAGCAACAACAACUCGUCGUAAUGCAGCAAUAUCAACAACAGCUGUUAUUGAUGCAACAUCGCCAACAGCAGCAUCAUCAACAACCACAACCACAACCACAACAACAGCAGCAACAGCAACCGCAACAACAACAACAGCAGCAGCAGCAGAAGAGAACGGUUUCCUCAUCUCUUCCACAUGUCACUGAUCUGAAUUCAGUUGAUGUCACAUCUGCCGAAAAUCCGUUCGGCACUUUGAGCGGACAGACAAUCUUUGUCUCGCAUCCGGAUUUGAAACGUGUUUUCCAAAUGGCAAUUGCCAAAUCGGUGAGAGAGAUUUUGGUUCCGGUGGCAGAUAAGUCUUCGAGCGUUGCCGUCGUUGUUACCUUCAACGUGAUCUUGAAAGAUUUUGCGACUGAGCCUGAUGAGGUCAAGUUAAAAUCAGCCGCUAUUUCAAUGGUUCGCCACCUUUCUCGAAGCUUUGCACGUGCGACAUCGGUAGACUUAUUAAGGGAUACCAUUCGAUCAACAACCCAGUCACUGGCACCAAACCUCAUGAGCUUGCCAAAUUCACCUAUUGAUGAGCUCAACGCAGCAAUCAAUGAUAACAUGGGAAUUGCCUUGGCAAUUAUCGAAAAAGCUUCAAUGGACAAGGCCACUCAAGAUAUUAGUGAACAACUCAUGCAAGCUAUUGCGGUACGCAAAUACCACAAGGAAAGGCGUUCAGAUCAACUCUUCCUUGCUCAAAAUUAUAAUUCAUAUUCGCUCUCAUUACCAGAGCCCUUAGGUUUGAAACCGUCCGGCGUUACAGCCCAGCAGCUCAAAAUUUAUGAGGAAUUCGGUCAGAGCUUCAGUCGCUCCGAGUCCGCGGCUACAUUACCAGGCUCGCUAAUAGGUGCAAAUUCAACUCAACAGGCUUCUCUCAACCAGCCUCUCCCACAACAUCAGGCCGUUCAGCAACAACUCCAGCAGCAGCAGGCUCUCAAAUUUGAGCAAGAGAAUCAGCAGAAGCAGGAAGUACAGCACCAACAACAACAAAAUCUUUUAUUGAGACAACUGCAGCAAUCUCAAUCUCAGUCGCAAUUGGGUAGCAGCUUACCAAUUGUUCAAGCUCCACCUAAUGUACAAAAUGAACUUGAGCAAAAUCAUCGCAUUUUGGUUUUACUCAUGGAUAAUUUAGUGGAUCAAAUCAAGGAGAGCUCUGAUCAACAACUUCAAGGUACUGCGCAACAAAAGUCGAUCAAGGAUAUAAUAUCACAGAUUCUGAACUUUAUCUUACGCAGCAACCAAAAAGACCAAUUAGCCUUAAAAGUAUCCCAAGCUGUCGUUAACAGCCUUUUUGCCACGAGCGAGAGCCCUCUCUGUCGUGAUGUUUUAUCGUUGUUGUUGGAAAAACUAUGUUCUCUGUCGGUUGUAGCUCGCAAGGAUGUGGUAUGGUGGCUGGUUUAUGCUUUAGACUCGAGGAAGUUUAACGUACCAGUCAUUCAUUCAUUGCUUGAUGUGAAUCUGAUAAGCACUUCUGAGUUGGAUUCUGUUCUUGUGGUAGCAAUGCGUAGUUCGAUGGAGAACGCAAUGUCAUUUGCUAUCAGCUUAAUUGAAGAACUCAUUUUGUCGGAUGAACCACUUUUCAUGCGCUCCGAUUUUGUCAAAACUCUGACUUAUUUGAAAAAUUCUAGUGAGGAAAAUGCCGUGGCUUUUUUUGACAAAUAUGACGAUGCCAAAAUACUUCCAGUCAAGAAGUCGGCAAGGAUUACCAAGGCGGAAAAAACUGCAUUGGUGUUUACAGAAUGGGUAAAAUUAAUUCAAAGGUUGGAUGGUGAUGACGAGACUGUCCUUGAGUUUAUCAGACAAAUGAUCGAGAAAGGGGUACUUCAAGACAGCAAUGGAUUCAUUUGCUUCAUGAAAUCCGCAUUAGAACUUUCUGUUAAUUCAUUCAAAGAAAGCGAUCCAACGAGUGAAGUUUUCAUCGCAAUUGAUUCACUGAGUAAACUUCUAAUAAAACUGAUUUGCUUGCUUGAUUUUAAGCAAAGUUCGAGAGAGGAAUUUUUGAGCUUGAUGUUUUCCGUGGUAACUUUAGUCUUUUCAGAGGAUCAGGGAAGAAAUGACACUUCUUUUAAUGAGAGGCCAUAUUUCAGACUGUUUUCUAGUUUAUUGUGUGACUGGGAAGCUUUGCGUGGCCAUAAAUUCGUCAAGAUUAAAGAUCCAGCUUGCAGGAAAGAGCUUGUAAACUUUGAUGAGAGCUUCUACAACAUUUUUGCAUCCUUUUUACAUGUUUACCAGCCAAUUGCAUUUCCUGGAUUUGCGUUUGCUUGGAUCACGCUCUUAUCUCAUCGCAUGUUCUUACCAAGGAUGCUCCGUCUCCCAAACAAAGCGGGCUGGUCCAAGCUCCUAUUAUUGUUUACUGACUUAUUGAAUUUUAUGGCUCACUACACGAAGAGGACAGAAACUCAUGAUGCUGUCACGGUGGUCUACAAGGGUGCAUUGCGUGUGAUUUUGGCUGUGUCAAACGAUGUUCCUGAGUUUUUAGUGGAAAAUCACUAUGAGCUCUUAAACAACAUUCCUCCUAUUUACAUGCAGCUGAGGAACAUCAUUUUGAGCUCUGCACCUACCAAAGUUGUUAUUCCAGAUCCCUAUGAUCCUAACAUAGAGCUUCAUGACAUCGAAGCCUGUCAAGUACCAGCAGCCAUCUUCUAUGAUCCAGUCCAAGAUCUAAAAGGUUUGAAGAAACCGGUGGACAACUACUUGCGUAUUCCAAGUAGCUCCUUGAUGAGAACCAUUUUAUCAGGAUUAUUCAGAACUGAACUCGAGCUAGAUACCGGGAUUGGCUAUGAGACCACUAAUGUGGACGUGAAACUAAUCAAUGCCAUAACGUUGCAUGUGGGCAUAGAGGCUGCGUUGGAAAAAGAUAGAACUUCCGCAAAUGCGAUUUUCAAUACCAAAUCUUCUUAUUUUACGCUGUUCAAGGGACUAAUUACAGAGGGCUCUACUGAGUUGAAAUUCCAUGUCAUACAAGCGAUUGCCAAUCAACUUAGAUACCCAAAUGCGCACACACUAUGGUUCAACUACGUUAUCAAGAAUUUGUUUUACUCAGAUGAGUUCGAGGAGCAGCAACAUGAUGUGCAAGAAAUUAUCAUCAGAACAGUUUUGGAGCGCAUAAUCACAAACAAGCCACACUGCUGGGGAAUUGUGGUUACGUUCGUGGAUAUCUUAAAGUCGGAUUCGUCCUCUCUUGCGGAUUUAUCCUUCAUAAAGGAUGUUCCCGAAAUCGAGCUUAUUAUCAAGAAUUUAUCAAAGCAUAUUAUACCGCACGUCAGGACAAAAGGCAUGUAUUCACAAAAUGGUGAGGGUCAUGAACAGUUUCCGGAGUUGAGGGCAGAGGCAUAG